AUGAUUCGAUUCAUCUUGGUACAAAACCGACAGGGAAAAACACGUUUGUCAAAAUGGUAUGUUCCUUACGAAGAUGAUGAGAAAGUAAAGUUAAAAGGUGAAGUACAUAGAUUAGUUGCACCUAGAGAUCAAAAACAUCAAUCAAAUUUUGCCGAGUUUCGAAAUUAUAAAGUGGUUUAUAGAAGAUAUGCAGGAUUGUUUUUUUGUGUAUGUGUUGAUGCAAAUGAUAAUGAAUUGGCAUAUUUAGAAGCAAUACAUUUUUUUGUAGAAGUUUUGGACGCAUUUUUUGGAAAUGUGUGUGAAUUGGAUUUGGUAUUUAAUUUUUACAAGGUAUAUGCAAUAUUGGAUGAAGUGUUUUUAGCAGGUGAAAUUGAGGAGACUAGUAAAAAUAUUGUGUUAACUAGAUUAGAUCACUUGGAUAAAUUGGAAUAA